AAAAUAAAAAAAUUCCUCUCAAGUUAGUAAUUCUGUCCCUACGAAAAUAAUUAGCCGAUGAAAACACGAAUGGAAAAAUUUACCAUAAUCCAUUAAUUUUUUUUAGUCAGGCUAUAAUAAAAUAUUCAUUUCCGGAUGGGGAAUACAUGCGCAGGGCCCACAACAGGUAAAACUGGUUUUUUCGAAUCUGUUACCGCCGCCGUGUGGCGUCCCCGUUCACCGGGAAAAUCCCUCCCUGCUCCCGACGCCACCACCAGGUCCAUCGCUAACGACACCGAAACCAACAAUAACAACGAUAAUAAGUCCGUCGAUAAUAAUAAUGUCCCCAUCGAAAACUCCGCCCCGGAGAAAAUUACCAUUCCACCCUCCCCCAAAUCAACCACCGUCGACAAGAAACCACCUGGGGCCGCCAACCAUGCGCGGCGGACGUCCAGCAUAGGCCUGCAGCUAGAGUCGGUUCUGGGCAGGAAAACAGGCAACCUGAAGGACACCUACAUCCUGGGCAGGAAAUUGGGGCAGGGACAAUUUGGUACAACCUUCUUGUGCGUGGAGAGGAGCUCCGGCAAGGAGUAUGCUUGCAAGUCGAUAGCGAAACGGAAGCUUACAACGGCGGAGGAUGUGGAGGAUGUGAGGAGAGAGAUUCAGAUCAUGCACCACCUGGCUGGCCACCCUAAUGUGAUCAACAUUGUAGGAGCAUAUGAGGAUGCCGUGGCGGUGCACGUGGUGAUGGAAUUGUGUGCCGGUGGGGAGCUUUUCGAUAGGAUCAUACAACGGGGGCAUUACUCUGAACGAAAGGCGGCCGAGUUGGCUAGGGUUAUUGUUGGUGUGGUUGAAGCUUGUCAUUCUUUAGGGGUGUUACAUAGAGAUUUGAAGCCUGAGAAUUUCUUGUUUGUUAAUCAUGAUGAGGAGGCUCCUUUGAAGACUAUUGAUUUUGGACUCUCUGUCUUCUUUAAACCAGGUGAAACAUUCACGGAUGUAGUGGGAAGUCCGUACUACGUGGCACCUGAAAUUUUGCGGAAAUUUUAUGGUCAAGAAUGUGACGUUUGGAGUGCUGGUGUGAUCAUCUACAUAUUGCUUAGUGGUGUGCCCCCAUUCUGGGAUGAAACGGAGCAAGGAAUAUUUGAGCAAGUUUUGAAAGGUGAUCUUGAUUUUAUAUCUGAACCCUGGCCUAGUAUUUCCGAUGGUGCUAAGGACCUGGUUAAAAGAAUGCUUGUAAGGGAUCCCAAGAAGCGGCUGACAGCUCAUCAAGUUCUUUGCCAUCCUUGGAUUCAGAUUGGUGGUGUGGCUCCUGAUAAGCCUCUUGAUUCUGCUGUUCUUUCUCGUUUGAAACAGUUUUCUGCCAUGAACAAGCUCAAAAAGAUAGCUAUAAGGGUUAUUGCUGAGAACCUUUCUGAAGAGGAGAUUGCAGGUCUGAAAGAAAUGUUUAAAAUGAUAGACGCUGAUGGUAGCGGAAAUAUCACCCUUGAGGAGUUAAAAAAGGGAUUGGAAAAAGUUGGUGCCAAUCUCAAGGAUUCUGAAAUUGUUGGGUUAAUGCAAGCAGCGGAUGUUGACAACAGUGGUACAAUAGAUUAUGGCGAGUUUCUGGCUGCAAUGCUCCAUCUAAAUAAAGUUCAGAAAGAGGAUCACCUAUUCGCCGCAUUUUCAUAUUUUGAUAAAGAUGGGAGUGGAUAUAUCACUCGGGAUGAGCUCCAACAGGCUUGUGAGCAGUUCGGUUUGGAAGAUGUACAAUUGGAUGAGAUUAUUCGUGAAGUUGAUCAGGAUAAUGAUGGGCACAUUGACUACAGUGAAUUUGUUGCCAUGAUGCAAGACAAUGGUUUUCCAUUAAAGGGCUUGGCUCGCGUGAGAAUUGGCUAGCUCCUGAGUUUUGAUCCUGGUAAAAAAGUUACUAUUAAUAUUUAUCAUGUAGCUUUAUCGUAAGUUGUUUAACGAUUUUCUUAACAACACUUCAAACAAGGAGUGCCCUUUUUUUUGUUGUAAAUCUCAGUACCAAAGGGUUUUACCUUUGUAGAGAGAGCGAGGAAGGAUGAGCAAGGAGUAGUUUUACUUUUUCUGCUUAGGUUUUUACUGUAAUUAUCAUCAGUUGAAUUAGGUUCUCAUGUUUUUCAUUCAUAGUCUCCUAUUCUUCUAACCAGCUAGAAAUUUGCUGAAAGAGGGAGCAUUACAUUUAGUAUUUCUUCUGGACAUAAACAUCACUCUGGUCUUUCAUUUGCUUAGAA